UUUUGUUCUCUGCCGUCGGUGGAGCUGGGCUGGUGGGGGCGUUGUUAGUCAGACUUGUCAGACUGGUCAGACAGCCAGUCUCACUGGGAAACAUGGAGUUCCUGACUGUCCUUCAGUUCCUGAUCCCAGGCUUUGACAGAGUCACUUUACUGGCCGUGUUCUGCACAGUCUUUGCUCUGGUCUUUGACUUCUUGAAGAGGAGACAAAAGUGCAUCAACUAUCCCCCGGGCCCCUGGACGCUGCCCUUCAUCGGGAGUGUUUUUCAUGUCAGCAACAACAACCCCUACACAUCGUUUGAAAAGCUCCGUGGAAAAUACGGCAACACAUUCAGCCUGCAGUUUGGGUGGACAGAUGUGGUGGUGCUCAACGGCUACGAGACCAUCAAGGAUGGUCUGGUGAAGAAAUCGGAAGACACGUCCGACCGACCGUACAUUCCCAUCCACCAAAAAUACCUGUGUGCCUUUGGGCAAGGCAUUGUCUUAGCAAAGUACGGCCAGUGGUGGCGAGAUCACAGGAGGUUUGCUCUCUCCACGCUGAAGAACUUUGGGCUGGGGAAGAAAUCUCUGGAGUUGCGAAUCGUGGAGGAGGCGAGCUUUUUAAACAACGAAUUGGAAGCCGAGAUUGGUCACCCUUUUGAUCCACAUUUGAGAAUAAACAACGCUGCCUCCAAUGUCAUCUGCUCCCUCAUGUUUGGGGAUCGUUUCGACUACCAGGAUAAAAAAUUCCUUCAACUACUAGAGAUAAUUGAGGAGUCUAUGGUUCUGAGCGAUGGAUUUUGGGCUAAGUUGGUGAACAUGUUCCCCUUUAUUUACGGCCUCCCUGGGCCUCAUCGCAGAAUCCCUGAGAUCCAAAAGAAGGUGGCUGAGUUUCUCCAGGAAAUAAUUGCUGAGCACAAGGAAGUUUGGGAUCCCAACGAACCAAGAGACUUCAUUGACGCCUUCUUAGUGGAGUGUGAGAAGAUGAAGGCUUCUCCCAAUACGAGCUUCACUGAGAAGAGUCUGGUCUACACGUCCCUGGAUCUGUUUGUGGCUGGUACCGAGACCACCUCCACCACCCUCCACUGGGGGCUGCUCUUCAUGGUCUUAUUCCCUGAUAUCCAGAAGAAGGUCCAGGAAGAGAUUGACCGAGUGAUCGGGACGGAGAGGAAGCCGGCUCUGGGGGACCAGGAGACAAUGGCGUUCACCAACGCUGUCAUCCACGAAACCCAACGCUUCGGAAGCAUUGUCCCAAACUCAGUGCCGCACGAGACGUCCAGAGAUACAGAGAUCAUGGGGUUCUCCAUUCCAAAGGGAACGAUGGUUAUACCAAACCUCUCCUCCGCCCUCUACGAUCCCAAAUUUUGGGCGAAGCCGCACGAGUUUAAUCCGGGUCAUUUCCUUGACGACAGUGGGCGGCUUGUGAAGCCGGAAGCCUUCAUCCCCUUCUCUGCAGGGCCUCGUGUGUGCCUGGGGGAGCAGAUGGCGAAGAUGGAACUCUUCCUGUUCUUCACUUCCUUGCUCCAGCGAUUCAUAUUCUUCCUGCCGGAGAACGAGCCCAAACCCAGCUACACCCGCACCAAAUGUGGGAUCACCCGCAGCCCAAUGCCAUUCCAGCUCUGUUUCCUGAUCCCAGGCUUUGACAGAGUCACUUUACUGGCCGUGUUCUGCACAGUCUUUGCUCUGGUCUUUGACUUCAUGAAGAGGAGACAAAAGUGCAUCAACUAUCCCCCGGGCCCCUGGACGCUGCCCUUCAUCGGGAGUGUUUUUCAUGUCAGCAACGACAACCCCUACACAUCGUUUGAAAAGCUCCGUGGAAAAUACGGCAACACAUUCAGCCUGCAGUUUGGGUGGACAGAUGUGGUGGUGCUCAACGGCUAUGAGACCAUCAAGGACGGUCUGGUGAAGAAAUCGGAAGACACGUCCGACCGACCGAACAUUCCUGUCUUCCAAAAAUACCUGUGUGCCUUUGGGCAAGGCAUUGUCUUAGCAAAGUACGGCCAGUGGUGGCGAGAUCACAGGAGGUUUGCUCUCUCCACGCUGAAGAACUUUGGGCUGGGGAAGAAAUCUCUGGAGUUGCGAAUCGUGGAGGAGGCGAGCUUUUUAAACAACGAAUUGGAAGCCGAGAUUGGUCACCCUUUUGAUCCACAUUUGAGAAUAAACAACGCUGCCUCCAAUGUCAUCUGCUCCCUCAUGUUUGGGGAUCGUUUUGAUUACCAGGAUAAAAAAUUCCUUCAACUACUAGAGAUAAUUGAGGAGUCUAUGGUUCUGGAAGCUGGAUUUUGGGCUAAGUUGGUGAACAUGUUCCCCUUUAUUCACGGCCUCCCUGGGCCUCAUCGCAGAAUCCCUGAGAUCCAAAAGAAGGUGGCUGAGUUUCUCCAGGAAAUAAUUGCUGAGCACAAGGAAGUUUGGGAUCCCAACGAACCAAGAGACUUCAUUGACGCCUUCUUAGUGGAGUGUGAGAAGAUGAAGGCUUCUCCCAAUACGAGCUUCACUGAGAAGAGUCUGGUCUACACGUCCCUGGAUCUGUUUGUGGCUGGUACCGAGACCACCUCCACCACCCUCCACUGGGGGCUGCUCUUCAUGGUCUUAUUCCCUGAUAUCCAGAAGAAGGUCCAGGAAGAGAUUGACCGAGUGAUCGGGACGGAGAGGAAGCCGGCUCUGGGGGACCAGGGGACAAUGGCGUUCACCAACGCUGUCAUCCACGAAACCCAACGCUUCGGAAGCAUUGUCCCAAACUCAGUGCCGCACGAGACGUCCAGAGAUACAGAGAUCAUGGGGUUCUCCAUUCCAAAGGGAACGAUGGUUAUACCAAACCUCUCCUCCGCCCUCUACGAUCCCAAAUUUUGGGCGAAGCCGCACGAGUUUAAUCCGGGUCAUUUCCUUGACGACAGUGGGCGGCUUGUGAAGCCGGAAGCCUUCAUCCCCUUCUCUGCAGGGCCUCGUGUGUGCCUGGGGGAGCAGAUGGCGAAGAUGGAACUCUUCCUGUUCUUCACUUCCUUGCUCCAGCGAUUCAUAUUCUUCCUGCCGGAGAACGAGCCCAAACCCAGCUACACCCGCACCAAAUGUGGGAUCACCCGCAGCCCAAUGCCAUUCCAGCUCUGUGAAGACCCGCCUACCACGAGUUUUGUUCUCUGCCGUCGGUGGAGCUGGGCUGGUGGGGGCGUUGUUGGUCAGACUUGUCAGACUGGUCAGAUGGUCAGACAGCCAGUCUCGCUGGGAAACAUGGAGUUCCUGACUGUCCUUCAGUUCCUGAUCCCAGGCUUUGACAGAGUCACUUUACUGGCCGUGUUCUGCACAGUCUUUGCUCUGGUCUUUGACUUCAUGAAGAGGAGACAAAAGUGCAUCAACUAUCCCCCGGGCCCCUGGACGCUGCCCUUCAUCGGGAGUGUUUUUCAUGUCAGCAACGACAACCCCUACACAUCGUUUGAAAAGCUCCGUGGAAAAUACGGCAACACAUUCAGCCUGCAGUUUGGGUGGACAGAUGUGGUGGUGCUCAACGGCUAUGAGACCAUCAAGGACGGUCUGGUGAAGAAAUCGGAAGACACGUCCGACCGACCGAACAUUCCUGUCUUCCAAAAAUACCUGUGUGCCUUUGGGCAAGGCAUUGUCUUAGCAAAGUACGGCCAGUGGUGGCGAGAUCACAGGAGGUUUGCUCUCUCCACGCUGAAGAACUUUGGGCUGGGGAAGAAAUCUCUGGAGUUGCGAAUCGUGGAGGAGGCGAGCUUUUUAAACAACGAAUUGGAAGCCGAGAUUGGUCACCCUUUUGAUCCACAUUUGAGAAUAAACAACGCUGCCUCCAAUGUCAUCUGCUCCCUCAUGUUUGGGGAUCGUUUCGACUACCAGGAUAAAAAAUUCCUUCAACUACUAGAGAUAAUUGAGGAGUCUAUGGUUCUGGAAGCUGGAUUUUGGGCUAAGUUGGUGAACAUGUUCCCCUUUAUUCACGGCCUCCCUGGGCCCCAUCGCAGAAUCUUUGAGAACCAAAAGCAGGUGGUUGAGUUUCUCCAGGAAAUAAUUGCUGAGCACAAGGAAGUUUGGGAUCCCAACGAACCAAGAGACUUCAUUGAUGCCUUCUUAGUGGAGUGUGAGAAGAUGAAGGCUUCUCCCAAUACGAGCUUCACUGAGAAGAGUCUGGUCUACACGUCCCUGGAUCUGUUUGUGGCUGGUACCGAGACCACCUCCACCACCCUCCACUGGGGGCUGCUCUUCAUGGUCUUAUUCCCUGAUAUCCAGAAGAAGGUCCAGGAAGAGAUUGACCGAGUGAUCGGGACGGAGAGGAAGCCGGCUCUGGGGGACCAGGAGACAAUGGCGUUCACCAACGCUGUCAUCCACGAAACCCAACGCUUCGGAAGCAUUGUCCCAAACUCAGUGCCGCACGAGACGUCCAGAGAUACAGAGAUCAUGGGGUUCUCCAUUCCAAAGGGAACGAUGGUUAUACCAAACCUCUCCUCCGCCCUCUACGAUCCCAAAUUUUGGGCGAAGCCGCACGAGUUUAAUCCGGGUCAUUUCCUUAACGACAGUGGGCGGUUUGUGAAGCCGGAAGCCUUCAUCCCCUUCUCUGCAGGGCCUCGCGUGUGCCUGGGGGAGCAGUUGGCGAAGAUGGAACUCUUCCUGUUCUUCACUUCCUUGCUCCAGCGAUUCACAUUCUUCCUGCCGGAGAACGAGCCCAAACCCAGCUACACCCGCACCAAAUGUGGGAUCACCCGCAGCCCAAUGCCAUUCCAGCUCUGUGUUCGACUCAGAUAAACUCGCUGUUCAUCGCUGUGUUCUGCAUUAUUAACAGCCUGGACUGUCACACAGGAUAGAGCCUGUCACUGACCUGUGAUUAACGUAGUUGUGUGUUGAAUUCGGAAGGACUGGCUGACGUAGUGAUUAACGUCGUCAGGUAAAUAAUGACAACACUUAUGUUUGACGUCGGGAGGACGUCUCAAAGCACUUCACGGGAUUUUACAGUAAAGCGUCCUGAACUGUGUAUUUGGUGGUGAAUGAGUGAUUUCAUCUGCUUUAUGGUUAAACCCCGUCUGUAACGCUGACAAUACCCAAUCCUGGUCACUGUGGAGGAUGAAAGAGUCAUUUCAGGUGACGUUGCAGAAUCAUUUAUGAAUCGACCUUUGCUAUAAAUCGCUGCAAACAGAGCAAAGUCCGUGUAAUAAAAUGGGCUGAAAAAAACGAAUUUCACACAUCUGGAAAUAAAAGUAUAAACUAUUUUGUUUAAACUGUA